CCUCAAGUUUCCCGUCUCCUCAGAUCAGGGCAAAGGGAGGAAAACACCCGAUUCUGCCUGCUGUCUCAGAGCGACAAUGAAGACGAAAUUAAACACCUACAACAUGCAUUUGCUUCUUCUUGUUUUCUUGCUGUGGGACCCAGCCAGGUUGGUGCUGGCUAACAUCCAAGAAGAUGAAGCUAAAAAUAACAUUACCAUCUUUACAAGAAUUCUAGACAGACUUCUGGAUGGUUACGAUAAUCGGCUUAGACCAGGACUGGGAGACAGUAUUACUGAAGUCUUCACUAACAUCUACGUGACCAGUUUUGGCCCUGUCUCAGAUACAGACAUGGAAUAUACAAUUGAUGUUUUCUUUCGACAAAAAUGGAAAGAUGAACGGUUAAAAUUUAAAGGCCCAAUGAACAUUCUUCGACUCAACAAUUUAAUGGCUAGCAAAAUCUGGACUCCUGAUACCUUCUUUCAUAAUGGGAAAAAAUCGGUAGCUCAUAAUAUGACAAUGCCAAAUAAGCUUCUUCGAAUCCAGGAUGAUGGGACUCUGCUGUACACAAUGAGGCUUACAGUUCAAGCUGAAUGUCCAAUGCACUUGGAGGAUUUUCCUAUGGAUGCUCAUUCGUGUCCUCUGAAAUUUGGCAGCUAUGCAUAUACCACUUCAGAGGUCACUUAUAUUUGGACUUACAAUGCAUCUGAUUCAGUGCAAGUUGCUCCUGAUGGUUCCAGGUUAAAUCAAUAUGAUCUGCUGGGCCAAUCAAUUGGGAAGGAGACAAUUAAAUCCAGUACAGGUGAAUAUACCGUAAUGACAGCUCAUUUCCACUUGAAAAGAAAAAUUGGGUAUUUUGUGAUUCAGACUUAUCUGCCUUGCAUCAUGACUGUCAUUCUCUCCCAAGUGUCAUUCUGGCUUAACAGAGAAUCUGUUCCUGCAAGAACUGUGUUCGGAGUCACAACUGUUCUAACAAUGACAACUCUAAGCAUCAGUGCUCGGAACUCCCUCCCCAAAGUGGCUUAUGCAACCGCCAUGGACUGGUUUAUUGCUGUUUGUUAUGCAUUUGUGUUCUCUGCCCUAAUUGAAUUUGCAACUGUUAACUACUUCACCAAAAGAGGAUGGGCUUGGGAUGGGAAGAGUGUAGUCAAUGACAAGUCCCCUUCAAUAAAAGCUGAAGGCAUUACAUUAACAUACAACUCAGUGAAGGCAAUUCUUCAAGGAGCUAAGCUAAUAUGGUCCAAGUAUAUAGCUUUCUCAUGGCCCAAUUUAAUCCAAGGAAAGACUUUAGAGUACUUAGAGAAGUGGAUGGACUGUAUAACCUUCAAACAAUCUUCUAAAAAAGAAAAAGCCUCUGUCAUGAUACAGAACAAUGCUUACGCCGUGGCUGUUGCCAAUUACGCCCCGAAUCUUUCAAAAGACCCAGUUCUCUCCACCAUCUCCAAGAGUGCAACCACACCAGAACCCAACAAGAAGCCGGAAAACAAGCCAGCAGAAGCCAAGAAAACCUUCAACAGUGUUAGCAAAAUUGACAGAAUGUCUAGAAUAGUUUUCCCAGUUUUGUUUGGUACAUUUAAUUUAGUUUACUGGGCUACGUAUUUAAACAGAGAACCUGUAUUAGGGGUCAGUCCUUGAAUCUAGACACAGGUGAUCUUUGGGAUGUAUAGGAACAUACAACUUUGUUUGUUUUGCUAUGUACAGUCUGACUAAUAACUGCUAAUCUGUGAACCAACAUGUACAGUAUGUAUAUAGCUAUAUAGCUUACCAGUAGACCUCUAAUGGAGACACGCAUUUGCUAACUUGCGGAACCGCAGGCAGAAAGCACCCCGUGCCCAAAGAGCCAUUGCCUUUUUUAAAGAUUUACCCUAGGAACUCGUUCAAAGUGGAUUUCACGUGACCUGAUUCAUUUCCUACUGUUCUAAUUGUGAUGAAAAUGGGGAUCCUAUACCACACUUUAUGAACUCUUUUGAUUUAAGUCUUAAAUAGAACUAUUUUGUACUGUUGCCUAACGAUAACGUAAGAUAACGUUUUCAUUCCAAGGGGAAUUCUUCUAAAUCACAGAACUCGUUGUAUCUGCCACAUCAGUGCCCUUCAUGAGUGCUCAGAAUCCCUGCUAGUGUAAUUGGAAGCUUAGCACACAUCAGAAGAAAAACUAGAGAUUUGAAAUCAGUUUUUAAUUACUCUGUAUAGCAUCUAUAGCACAUAUUACAGCAUGACAAGCUCAAAUAGUUAAGAGUCACUCCUGACAGAAUGUUAAUUAUGCCUAGAAUUUAAUAACUAUCAGAAUGUCAUGGCCAUUACAUUUUAGCAUCAGAGUUUAUUUGAAAGUAAAAUUCAAAUCCUACAGAGUAUUAUAAUCAUUGGAAACUACCUUAAAUUAAAACAAUAAAAAUUAAAAAAAAGACAAAUGUGUCUUACUCUUUCCAGGUAUGUGUUGUAUUGAAAUUGAUCAGCUAAAUUUUCUUGGUGCUGGAGACUGGAAAAAGCAUCCAGUUUGGCUGCUGUGGAACAACAUUCACAUUGGAUUAGAAAAUUGUGCCAAAAACUCCCACUGAUGAGAAUUCAUAGGUGUCACAGUAUCUAGAUGGGCACUUAUACGAUUCUCUUCUUUCCUGUUUACUGCAAAUUCUGCCUUAAGGCUUCUUUUCAUCAGGACUCAGAAGCCACUAAUUACAAAGGAAAGGGCAGUGAAUUGGCACAUUUUUCUGUCUUGAAGCAGUGCUUUCAGAUAAGAAUUAUGUAAAUCUGCUUUUGUAAAUUGCAACUUUAAAUUUCAUUGACUCAAAUUUACAACAGCUUUGUAUACCAGAAGAGGUUUUGGUAAGAGUUGAACAUUUUUAAACAGAAACUUUAAAGCAUCACCAACAGAUUGUGGAUUAGUUCACAUGCACAAAUAUAAACAUGCACACACGUAUACACACACACACACACACACACUAACUAAAUUAGAGUGCACACACAUAGCUAAAUUAGAAACCACAAUUUUCAAUUUUAUAUAAUUACUAAAUAUUAAUGGGUAAAAUUCAUUUUUCUUUUAAUAUUUAAAAUAUACUCUCUAUGCCCCUGAAAUAUGUUAAUAGAAGUUAACAAUUGUGUCUCAUGCCUAGAUUUAAGAUUUUUGGCAAACCCCAAAUCCUUUUGACUCACAUCUACA